UCACGGUAAACGAAAGUCGAAUUUCUUUGUUCAAUUUUUUCAUGAUAUUCAUGAUAUACAAUGAGUUUGACUUUUGCGCUUCGACCCACUUCGACCGUGCCCAAGCACAGUCACUUGACUCACGAAUCACACGCUUCGUGCUCGUCCGUCGAGCAAGCCGGCAACUCUUAUGCAAUCGAACCGCACGCGACUUCCACCGAGGCUGAAAGUGAGAGAGACCUCCCCUUCGUACGAAAGAUAGUCAUGGGAGAGAAACUCGCCGCUUCGUGUCCGACCGGAACGGUCCUAAUUCCCCUUCGCGACUUUUGACUGGGCGAGGAGCGUUUCUACUUGCAUCUAGGUCUUUGUACCUUGGUUCCUGUGGUGUUUUCUUUCAUUUCUUUUUUUAAUUAGUGAAAUUUGGACAGCUGUUAGAAUUUUCAAUCUUACGGACACCAGGAUCUUAGUCUAUACGAUGGAUUACAUGAGAAAUACGGCAAUUUUGUUGAUAUUCGCCGUGGCAACAUCGUCUGGUCAUCGUAUUAAUCGGAAACAAGUUUUGACUUCUGACAAAUGUUACCAAACUAUGAGUACACAGCCACGGGAGUACUUUAAACAAGAACGAAACUUUUCUGUUGUUGAAGAGAAAACGAGCGGUGCUUUGGAGAAGACAGAUCGGGAACCAAGAUCUACAAAGUCGGUAGAAGAAACGUACGACUCCUACAAUGAGCCCUUGGAAGACCAGCAAGCAGAAGAGGAAAAUCUCCAAGAAAUGGCAGUCAACAGCAACGAUCUCGAAAACGGAAAGCUCUACAUCCCAGAAUCCAACGAUAUACCAACCGGAGUACCCCGAGAGGGUCAAGUUCUAGGCCGCCACGUGCACGAAGACGUGCACAAGGUGGUAACCGUGAUAAAGAAAAUCGCAAUGCCCUAUCCAGUCGAAAAAACGAUACGAUAUCCCAUCGUCAAGAACAUACCGUACCCUGUCAAAGUACCUGUACCACAACCUUACCCAGUCGUAAAGAAAAUACCAUACCCGGUAGAAGUUUUAGUCAAAGUUCCACUGAAGAUACCUAAACCGGUACCAGUGAUCAAAGAAGUACCUUAUCCGGUUCAAGUACCGGUCAAUCGUCCAGUACCUUUCAAGGUUUAUAUACCUGACCCCUUUCCUGUGGAGAAGAAAGUUCAUUAUGAAGUUAAGGUACCAAUACCCGAACCAAUCCCUAUCGAACGAAAAAUUCCAGUAGCAAUAAAAGUACCGGUACACGUGCCUCAACCGUAUCCUGUCGAAAAAGUGGUGCAUUAUCCUAUAAAAAUCGAGGUGGAACAACCGAUACCGAUACCGGUAUCUAAACCAUAUCCUGUGCUAGUUUCCAAACCUGUCCCUUAUCCCGUUGAUAAACCAGUACCUGUACCUGUGACAGUUAAGGUACCAAGACCUGUACCUGUAACUGUUGAUAAACCUAUUCCUGUCAAAGUGAAGAUUCCGGUACCAGCACCAUAUCCUGUGGAAAAGGAGGUACCUUAUACCGUAGAAAAACCGGUGCCUGUGCUGGUGAAGGUACCAAUUCAUAGACCUAUACCUGUCUACGUGACGAAACCUGUGCCUUACUCUGUUGAGAAGCCUGUUCCCCAUGCUGUUAAAGUACCCGUUCCUGUACCAGUAGAAGAGGAAAAGGCCGUGGACGAGGUUAAAUAUCACGAUUGAGAGCGACGAAUGUGAAUAGCAUGGCGAACGUUAGAGUAAUUUUGUUUUGUUAGGACGUUUCCUAGUGCGAAAUUUGGAGUCAAUGGUAAUAGUUGAAUGGCUCUCUCCGUUUAUUUUUGUGUAUACCAAUACCGUAAGUGGAAUCGCUGUUUCGCUGUUUAGAGUUAUUAGAGUUAUUUAGGAGUAAGAUUGUGGACUUUUACUCAUUUGUAGGAAAUGUAAACGUAUAUUAUAUGUAAAAAUAUAUAAAAUAUCUAAAGUAUCGGCUCCUACAGUGAGAGAAGGAGGGUCAGAGGGAAAUUAAUUUCUGUUUAGGUUCUCUAUCUUCUAUUUGUAGCCACAAGGAUAUGAAAUUGUACAAAUACUCGCAGUCUAACCAUACUAUUAGCAAUUUCAAAGGAAUUUCAGGAAAAUUGGUUUUAUUAAGAAGAAUUCAAAGGUAGCGAAUUUCAAAAUUUCUAUGUCAUCGAUUAUUAAACUUGAACUGCAACCUACAUUCUCUGGAAUGCAUUUUCUGGUUCUGCAUUGGCGUAUCGACAGAAUAAUUUCUACCGUAGUACAUGCGCAUUGAUGCCAUUAGUAAUUAUCGCCCUUUAAAUAAUUUCUAUUUAUGUAACAGAAAUAUCGAUAUUACGAUUGUUAGUUAAUUUAUUUCUAUAAGUUUCCAAUAAGAUAACGUUCGAAUAUAAAUUUGCAAACAUGUAUAAGGGCCGAAAACAACAUUGGAAUAAUUUAGAUAAAAGAUACGAUCUAUUUUUUACAUAAAUGCAAUGAAAUCCAAGAUAUCGAUUUCCUUCCGGUCACGUUUGCCUUCGUUCCGAUUAACUGCAUUGAUGUUCCUUGUUGAUUCGUAUGGAACUUCCACGACAUAACUUCCGACCAUGAUCGAGACUUUCCUCGUAAAUAAUAAUAACGUCAAUAAUAAUCGACAGAAAAUUACACAAUUCUAAUAUGAUUAAAAUAAACGUAAUCGUCGACCAAAAAAUAAUCGUAAUCUCUUCUAUUUAUUCGCAAAAUGUUCCUCAAAUUUCAUUCCCAGAAAGAAGCUUCCAAAUUAUGUGAUUUUUAUUUAGCAAAAUCUAAUAUCGCUAUACGCACCGUAACACGAUAAUUGUAAUCAUAGUACGCUCAGCUCAAUUUCAGUAAUUCAAUUCAGGAACAGCAGAAUUAAGUUUCGUGACUUUCGUCGAAAAUUUCUACGUUUCCUGUUUAGCUAUGAAUCUGUUUGAUUGGAAAAUUUUUCAAUGUAAGACACGCAAAGUUGCGAACCAGAGAAUAUAUUUAAUCUGAUUGUCGAGUCAGAGGAAGAAAGCGGCGCGAUUUAAAAUGGCAAGACUACCACGAAGAACUUUUAUACCGGUUUUCGUUUCACUUGUUCCAGACACGAGAUACUCAAUCGCUCGUGUGAUCGAUGAAGAUCUACGGUAAGAAAGAAACCUAAGGAUGCGAGGAGGCUGACUGAGCGUACAAAUGGAAUAUUGCGAAAGGGACGACUAGUAACAAAUGAUAGAUUACUAUAAUUGCAAGAUACUACUAGAUAGAUACUAGAGUUCCGUGAUAGAAAUUCUGGAACGUUCGCUUCAGAGAAUAGAAAAACAUGGCUUCGUAGUGGUUCAGGGUUCGCGCAGUUUUACGAUUGCUUAUAGAAAGUGGUCGUUCGCUUUCAUCCGACAAACGCAAAUAGCGUUGCCUUCCUGGCGAGCUUUUCAUCAGAUUAAUGAACUAGAACCUUUGCGUUGGUGCAUUAUAAAUAAAUUUUCAUGGUUUUUGAAGUUGUAUAAAUUUGUUAUUUUCUUCCCACUUUAAAAUUUUUUAAAUUUAGGAUACGAUUGGAUCAGGCGUCGGAAAGUUUAAAUAGUUUUAAAUAACGCCACUGAA